ACACCGGCCUCCGAGCACCCGCCCUUCUCCACACCCGCGAGCCCGAGGGCCACCCACGAACCCCGCCUCAAGUUACUCCGCCCAGCCUCCGCCUCUCGGAGCCCCACCCCCGGCGCUCUCGAGGAGGGGGCGGGGCCUCGCGGCCGUCGCCAUGGCAACCGCGACAAGAUGGCUUCCGUGAUUGACGGGAUAAAAGGUCACGACCACGAGGCGCUGAGCCUAGAGCAGCUUAUACAGCUGCGGAAUUUCAAGAUCCGCACGCGCAUCGCGGACGAGCAGUACCUGCGUUCGCACAAGGAGGUGGAGUUGCUGCUGAGCGGCUUUUUCAGAGAAAUGCUUUUGAAAAGGCCAAUGGAUAUCCAAGAGUUUGCUGCCGAGUAUUUCACAGACCCAACGCUUCCUGAGAAGAUAGAGGCGAAGCUAAUUGAAAAACAGAAGCAAUAGCAAUUAGCGGAACCGUGAUGUUCUGAAAGCACAGGGUCAUAUGAAGAUAAGAAGUUUUUUCCAUCAUCAUGGGUUUGUAAGUUACCCUGGACUUUGACCCUUGUUAUAAAGCUCUGCAUUAAAAAAAAAAAAAACUUGG